AGGAAGCGGUUCUUAGCACUGCCGCCGCCUUGCCGAGGGUAGGGAGUUCGUAACAGAGUAGUGAGGAUUUGUCUGCAUACAGUAGGUGUCCUGGUACGUCUGGUGCUGGAGGAUGUGCUGCUCACACCUCGUCGUUAAGUGAAGCAAAUGGAUGAACAGAAGGCCGGAGCAGCGAUUUAUCUCCGGCAGCUGUUGCUAAGGUUCAAACGUGGAUAAUCGGCGCGGCGUCGCUCGUGCCGCUCUGGAAACAAAGCGAACGCGGACCGAGCGUCAUGUCCAGCUCCGUCUGUGUAGGUGGAGGCAGGGGCACCGACGAUCAGCCUCGCCGCUAACCUUCCGGGGCAUGUGGACAACGCAUCCCUGCUACUUCACCUGUUUCACGCCCAGGCCACAGCGAGGACUGAGCUCCACCAGCGGAUAAUGAGGGUCUUGCAGCGGUGAAGAUGUCGCCAUUCUGCUUGAACUCGACAGUAUCCACAGCUUCAUGUUUACUGUGAGCUGACCAGCUACAAUGCCUGCUCUCCUUGAGGACGAAUGGUUCACUCCAGUGCAGAUCCCCCUCCAGAGGCAGGGGACGUUAAUGCCAGUUUCCGUUGCCUCCUUAAGGCUGCUGAAAGGCGACUGAUGGAGAACAUCCUCGCUGCCAAUGGGACCUUCGGCUCCCAGUUGCCCCCAGGGCUGGUCACACCAACGGUGGUAACGCCGGGGAGCCUGCAGAUGCUCAGCGUACCUCUGCAGAUCUUCUUUUGCUUCGUCAUGGUUGCCAUCCUGCUGGUGGCCCUCCUGGGAAACGUGGUGGUGUGCCUGAUGGUGUACCAGAGGUCUGCUAUGCGCUCAGCCAUAAACAUCCUGUUGGCCAGCUUGGCAUUCGCAGACAUGAUGCUGGCCGUCCUCAACAUGCCCUUUGCUCUGGUUACCGUCAUGGCCACCAAGUGGAUCUUUGGAGACGUUUUCUGUCGAGUGUCAGCCAUGCUCUUUUGGUUCUUCGUGGUGGAAGGUGUGGCCAUACUGCUUAUAAUAAGCAUAGAUCGUUUUCUUAUAAUUGUCCAGAAGCAAGAUAAGCUCAGCCCACAGAGAGCUAAAGUGCUGAUAGUGGUCACAUGGGGACUUUCCUUUUUUUUGUCUUUUCCCCUGGCUGUCGGUUCCCCUCCCCUUCCGAUUCCCCCCAGGGCUCCUCAGUGUGUAUUUGGCUUCAGCACCGAGCCUGGUUACCAAGCCUAUGUGUUGAUACUACUGCUGGUCUUCUUCUUCAUACCUUUCAUGGUCAUGCUCUACACAUUUCUGGGGAUUCUAAACACCAUUCGUCAUAAUGCCAUUCGCAUCCACAGUCACCCAGAUAGCAUCUGUCUGAGCCAGGCUAGCAAACUGGGCCUGCUGAGCCUCCAGAGACCCUUCCAAAUGAACAUAGACAUGAGCUUCAAGACCCGUGCCUUUGCCACCAUCCUCAUCCUAUUCUCUGUGUUUACGGUGUGUUGGGCGCCUUUCACUGCCUACAGUUUGGUAACUACCUUUAACAAUGGGUUCUAUCACAAAGACAGCUUUUUUCAAAUCAGCACAUGGGUCCUGUGGUUGUGCUACCUCAAGUCAGCCCUCAACCCUCUCAUUUACUACUGGCGGAUCAAGAAGUUCCGCGAUGCCUGCCUUGAUCUGAUGCCCAAGUACUUCAAGUUUCUUCCUCAGCUGCCAGGCAACACAAAGAGGCGCAUACAGCCGAGCGCAGUGUAUGUGUGUGGAGAACAUCGCUCCGUGGUUUAAAAAGGGAAGUCAUGCAUCUACACAGUUGCACUGCAUUGGGGUUUAUAACACGGGACUCAGACACAGGGUUGGGCUUCCCACACUAAAUACCAAAUCCCCGGUGUUUUUGAUUAUUUUGAGGAGUAUACGCAUUUUUUCUACAACAACCGAUUUUAUUGUAAAACUGUUGUCAUUGAUUUUGGUGGAAACCUGUUGAACUCAACGUAAAAAAAAAAAAUGCACCCUCCAUUCAGUGCUUCAGUAGCUAUGGCCAGAAAAAUCCACACAGAUGAUAACACUUAAGUGUGAAACACAGUGUAGUAAUGCAGAAUAAAAAACACUAGCAGCAUAGUUCAGUAUUUACCUUUAAUGUCUUUACCUUUAAUGUUGUUAACUCGGUUUGGGCCAACUUGGCUUUGGGCAGUAGACUGCAGUAGGAAUGUGACGACAAUCUCUCUGAACCUGAGGAAGUGUAAUGAAUCCACCGCCCAGAAACAAUAUUUCAAACUCACAACCUCUUACAGAGUUGGUAUGAAGUUUUUUGUCUAUAUUCAAACAAUGGAACUUACUCAGGUUUUACAUUGGAAUCAUGGAGCUACCAUAAGACAACAAGUUGUUGUUGUGUUGGGACAUUUUGCCUUUCAGAUAUAAUUUAAGAGUUAAUAAUUGAACCUUGGGUUUAUAACAUCAAAGGCUCUGUUAAUCAAAGGUUAAGUACCACAGUAACAGGUGUUGUGUUGUAGUACACAGGUAGACUAGUUGUUCUACGUAUUUGAUCAGCCAGUGUGAUGCUCGAUGCUCUCACUUUUGUGUUUAAAGUUGGUUUAGUGGUUGACAUCCUUUAUGUCCUGAAACCAUGAGCAUUUAAAUGCCCUCCGUAGUUUAAUGCAGUAAUCACAUCAGUGUGACGUUCUGACCUUUCAGGGUGCAUGAGAACAAUCUCAGUGAGUCAUACAGUAGGAUACCUUACAUUGAUCGCAACAGCACUAUGUUUGGGGAAGGUUUGGAUUUUUGAAAAAUAUUUUGCAGCCAGGAGAAUAACUCAUCGAUUGUGAUGGUCUGGCAGACAUAGAGUUAGCAGGCUUGUAGCCUGCUACCUACAUGUAGCAGUAGACCAGUAUGUAAGUAAUUGUGCCAUGUCGCAACAGAGGCAAAAUGGACAGUAAAGAUUGGUUUGGAACAGGCCCCAUUAUGCGUUUGGUUUUUAGUAAGUUUCCCAUUUUAACUUUUAAAUUCAUUUAACUAUGAAAAUUAAGUUCAAAUUAUGGGAACACUAAAAGUCUAAACUCUAAAAAACACUGUAAUAUGGUUCAGGUCAAAUGAAAACCCUUUAUGUUUUCCUCUGAUUUUAUUGUUAUACAUUUUUACAAUCCGUGCCAUGUUCUGGAAUCCCUGUAUUGCUUAUGUCAGUGAUAGGUUGUUCUCUAUAAGCUGAAGCCAUGCAUUAUCUAAAUAUGUACGGGGGCACAGGGACGUAGCAGCCAUGUUGUGUACAGGAUCACAAAUAGUGUGAUGACAUCAGAAUCCGGUUAAAUCAGGGUUAUUGUUUGGUUUAUGCUCAAGUCCAGCUGCUCUCCAGUGGUUCAGGUCUGUCUACGUACCAACAAGCACAUUGGUCUUCGUUUUAGAAAAUGUUAUAAUGCAGACACUCAUCUUCACCAGCAGCAUCAGGAAUCUGACUGGGUGUUGGAUGUUUUUUACUGUAGUGCCGUUUUCGGCACCUUAAGGAGAAUAGUAGUGUUAACUCGUACAAUAAAGAAUUUAUCACAGUACUACACUGUCUCACCACCUAACUACCUAAAUGCGAUGCCCGGCCCUGUUCAGUUAGACAGCAGCUAAACUUGCUCUUCUGUAAGAAGGUCCAAACCACUCUUCAGAGCUUUAUGUUCCUGGAUGCACUGAAUGGCACAAACGGUGACUUUUUCCUUUAACUUUGUGUGGGUAAAGCUGGGCCUCACUUGACCAUGACGUCUUUACUUAGCACUGGGAUCAGGAGUUGUAUGAAUGCACAGUUUGUUCUUAGCUGUGUAAAAGUUAUUUUUUACAAAGCAUGUAAUUCAACUGCUUCAACAGAAUUUGAAUGUGGUCAGAAUGUGGCCAUGACACAUUUGAACAUGUGUUUCUAUUUAAAUGUUUUUGAUGUGCCUAUUGAUUAGUCCAUUUGCUGGUCAGGAUGCUGCUAUAUCUGGUGAAAAUGUGCAAUUUUAGUGUACAAUACUGUUGAAUGUAAUAAAGAAAUAGACAUUUCUUAUAUUGGUAA